AUGGGCUUCCGCUACUCUGAUACCCUGGAAAAACAUGGCUGCAUUGGGGUUGGCGGCUAUGCGUACAUCUACCUCGUCAGCCCGACCAUUGUGGUGAAAACUGUACGCCCUGACCGAGACCAUGCAGAGGAGAAGGUGAUGGGCCAUCCCUUACACGGGGAUAUCGCUUUUUACAAAUCUUUCAACGAGCGCCGUGAUCGGUGUCCACAUAUCGUGGAAUGCUUCCUUAUGUUUCCCGACCAUCUCUUCCUCUCAUUCUGCGCGAACAAGGCACUCUUAUAUCGCUUCCAUGAGCGCCAGGAGCGAGAAAAUAACGACUUCUUUGGCCGUCUUAUCCGUAUUAAGGAUUACGAGGACCCCGCGCUUAUUGCCCGGUGGAUACAACAGCUCACAUCUGCGCUAGAAUACGUGGAGAAAAUGGGAUUUUGCCAUAACGACCUGAAUACGUCGAACUGUCUCCUUGAUGAGAGACUCAAUUUGAAACUCUCUGAUUUCGGCCGUGCUACUACCAUUGGGCAGCUAUUGGAACACUCUCGUGCUCCCUGGGCCAUGCAGCUGGCUGCCGGGCCAUUACAGGGUACAUAUGGUCUCUGCUCUGCUAGAACAGAGCAAUUUGCAGUUGGCUCCCUCCUCUAUUACAUGGUCUACGGUCACAAACCCUAUGAAGAUAUCGAUCUAGAUUGGCCAGAAUUAGAAUCUCGAUUCGAGCAAAUGAAAUUCCCCGAGCUAAAUCGUCAUGAAAUUUUCGAUGGCCUUAUACUUGGCUGCUGGUAUAAUGUUUACCCUACCAUGGCACUGGUAGCAUAUGAUUUCAAGCGCAAAACAAAAGACUUUGCAUCAACCAUGGAAUAUGAGACCACUGACCGCCUGCAGGAGAGAAAAACCUGCGAGGCGCUGGUACGAAAAGGGAUACUGGGUCCCGAGUUGGCACUUCGCUACCAGCCACUCUGGAAAAAGUAUCUGCAUGCUUUGAAAAGUACGUUUGUUUGGCACUACUUGGUUGGCCUUCCAAGGAGAGUCUGGUUUUGGUCCUGGUUUUGA